AAAAAAAGUUUGCACUACGACUUCCAACUGGACAAUCUGUCAAAUAAUGUAUUAGAAUUACAGUGCUCACUGCACUGCGAGAAGGAGCUGUAAGAUGAGCUGGCGUCUGGGAGGAGUCAACAUAGGAACCACAAAGGUGUGGUUUGGUUUCGUAUUUACAAUCAAACAGGCUACACUUUUGGCUGAAGCUGCGGACACACUUUAUCACGUUAUGGACCUGUUGGACACGAUAGUGGGCAUUGCCGAAAAGCUCUACUCCCUUUGUGAGGAGGUGAAGGCCAACAAGAAGCGAGCCAUGCGUUUGGCACGUCGUGUCUCGGCGCUGACAGACACAGUGGAGGCGGUGAAGGUGCAUGGUCUAGGUGACCAGCCGCAGCUUGUAGAGAGAGGUCUACGAGAACUCAAACUCACGCUGGAGUCAGCGCAAGACGUGGUGAAGAAGUAUGCCUCCACCAGUUGCCUGAAACGCAUUGUCCGGGCCUACGACUUUGGUGAUGAGUUUGCUAUCCUGAGCGAGCGGCUGAACGAUGCCGCGCAGCUCCUUUCGCUCGCCUUCGCCGCCGACCAGAGGGAUAAGUUGGAUAGAGUGUUCGAGGAGGUCAGGCGUAGCAGAGAGGACAAGGAAGACACAGAAAGUGACCGACAGGAACUACAGAAAUUGCUGCAGUUGGCAGAGGAAACCAAAGAAAGCGUUGAUGCAGUGCAUGAAGUCGUGGACGAGACAAAGAGAGACGUGAAGACCAUUAAAACCAUGCUGGAAUCCUUGAGGACACCCAGCAUCCACCUGCAGGACAUCAGAGAGAUACGCAUGGAGGAGCUGGUCUUCAAUGUGCCCAAGAAGCCCUUCAUGACGACCCCCACCUCAGAGGUCUUCAAAGGGGAGUUCAGCAAGUUUACCGUGGCCAUCAAGAGAUACACAUACCCUAUAAGCACUAGUGCCAGCCAGGUGAGAAGUACCUUCAAUAAAGAGGUGGAGACCAUGAAGCGCUUUGAGUCCCCAAACAUCCUCAGAAUGUUCGGAAUUUGUGUCCAGGAUGAAAAUGGUCCCAAUCCCACUUUCCUGAUUGUCAUGGAGUACUGUGAAAAAGGCUCAUUGAAACAAGUUCUGGAUGGUAACUACAAACUUCCCUGGGACAGAAAAUCCAGGAUGUGUCUUGAUGCAGCACAAGGGCUUUACAGGUUGCACCAGUCAGAGGAAAAGUUCAAAGUUCACGGUUGUAUCAACAGUGGCAAGUUUCUUGUUGCAGUAGGAUACAGAGUUAAGCUUGGGGGCUUUGAGCUCGCUAAAACAGAGACGUCGCUGAGAAAAAGUGCAAGUGGGAAGCACAGCAUUUUGUGCUAUAGCUCCCCUCAGCAGUUGCAGAGCAUCAAUCACGCCUACGACAAAGCCUGUGAGAUGUACAGUUUUGGCAUUGUGCUGUGGGAAAUUGCAACUCGCCUUGCUCCUUUUAAAGGCUGCUCCCAUAGUGAAGUUUAUCAAAAGGUUUGUGAGGAGAAAGCCAUGGAGCCCUUACCCAAAGACUGCCCCCGGCAGUUAGGAGAGCUAAUCAAUGCUUGUCGUUCCUUUGAUGCCUUCCAUAGACCAACAGCUGGAGUGCUUGUGGACAAGUUACGCAAGGUUGUGGAACAGUUUGAUGAGGAUUAACCCUGGAAGUCUUCACCUCAUUCACAUUAGAUACAUUAUUGGUAUCCGAAUCAGUUGAAAAGGUACAAAGGAAGUGUAGGCUAGGUAGGCUACCUUGCUAACUAAGAGUGGUAGCCUGUAGGUUACCAGAGAUUCAAUCUGGAAAUUUGUCUCUGUAUUUGGUGUCCUUCUGUGGAACAUAGUGUUGUGGCCUACAGUAUCUGUAUAGUUUUCUUUUAAAAAAAGUUGUUAAAGGAUAAAAAGAGAGCUCAACAGAAUACACUCCAUUCUGACAUUUUCAGAACAAAUAUUUUGAAAUGAAAUAUUCACACUAAUGUAGAAAAGGCUAUGUCUUAAUUGUAUGUACUUGGAUGAUAGUAAUGGUGGUAGGUAAUACAUUUUGAAAAAAUAAAUGGUUGUAAACUGUG